GCAUAAGUCUAUUUUCUGUGAUGUUUUGUCAGUUACACAUAUUUUUCUUUUUGUAUUGCCUGGCUAUUACCUGUGCAUUUAAAUACCAAUACACCAUAUGAUACAAAAACUCUUGUUGAUUUGUAUUUGGUAACCAAUAAUAUUAUCAAACUAAGGCCUAGUUUCACAGACAGGGCUUAGAUUAAGCCAGGAUUAGGCCUUAGUUCAGUUAGUGCAUUUAGUAGCUUUUAUGAACAUGCCUUAGAAAAAAAACAAAAAAACAUUACUGGUGUGCAUCUUGAGACAAAACAAUGGCUCUGACAUAUUUUAAGAUAUAUGAGUGCAAGUUGCUUUCAGUUAAAGGGGACAUAUCAUGAAAAAUGACUUCUGUGUUUAAGUGCUAUAAUCGGGUCCCCGGUGCAUCUACCAACCCAGACAACGUGAAAAAGGACAACCCAGUAACUUUGUUUUAGUAAGCCUUUCUCUGUAAGCAUGUGAAAAAAUGACCCGCUCAGAUUUCGCUUCCCUAGUGACGUAGGAAGGGGAUCUUAUUAUAAUAUUACCGCCCCUUUCUACGCACGUCACCGCCAUUUUGUUUUUGCAAGCGACAACAGUGGCAAAGUUAUAACGUCAUGGCAAAAGUUCGAGCAAAACAUGCUAACUGUUCUGUUGUUGGCUAUUUUGAGUCUCGUUAGCUUGGAUAGCCUGCAAGUUAACCCUGGCAAGCUCGAUUGCUAAAAAACGAGUGUUUCUGUCCGAGCGAUAUUUUGGAAAAAAAAUAUUAGACCAUUCACAGCUUUUGAUCACAAACUUUAGCCUGGAAUGUAUGGCUCUGUUUGGUAAACAUGUACGCUAUGUAUAGUUGGCGUCCGUACGGAUUUUGUACAAAAGAUUAACAUACAUGCUACAGCAACUACAUACAUUUAUCCACUAUCCAUUCAGAAACGUCCAGUUUCAUUCUAAAAGUUGUAACUUCUUCCUGAGUCUCUCCAUCACUGUCGACUCUGGUUUGAACAAUGUAAGGCUGAACACCGUUACUGACAAUCCUCAUUUUCACUGCGUGAGAUUCUCCAGGUUUGUUGUUGUUGAGCAACCGAAGCGUGAGCUGUUAAAGCUCCACCCUGGCAGGGAGCAGCUCAUUUGCAUUUAAAGGGACACACACAAAAACGGCAUGUUUUUGCUCACACCUAAACAGGGACAAAUUUGACAAGCUAUAAUAAAUGAUCUGUGGGGUAUUUUGAGCUAAAACUUCACAGACGCAUUCUGGGGACACCAGAGACUUAUAUCUUGUGAAAAGAGGCAUAAAUCCAGUUUAAAACAGCUCAAACAUGCAUUUUAGUCUGUAACUAGGCUUAAGCCUUGUCUGAAACCAGAUGUUUUUGUAUGUACUUGUACUUUACUUAUCUUCUACUAUAUUGUUAAUAUGCCAGUAUUCUGGAAAGGAACGUAGUAAGACUUUUUAAGCCAAUGCAAUUUUCCCUGGGGGAAGGUCACCUGACUAAGGCCCAUUACAGGUUUAAUGAUCUGGAUCUUGGUUCUCCACUGGCUCUGCGUCCUGUCAGUCACUCCUGCCCUCUCAGUCUGCCCUUCACCUCUAUAGGGACACAGUCAUAAAGCUCCACACUCUCACCGGUACUUUCCUCUGUUAACCACUGCUGGACCUCCAAGUUUCUUCCAUGGCAGAGAACAAGCCGUACCGCUACGGGCUCAUCAUUCUUGGGAUGGCGUUUGUGGCGUUAGGUCUGUUCAUGAUUUCCGUAGAGGAACCACAGGUGUUCGCCACGUUCUGCGCUGUGGGAGUGAUAAUGGUGGGCAUGGGGACUGUCUGGUCAGUGUGUCAGUGUUACCCCAGGGUGACUGUUAUGCUGGCAGAGAAGGAAGAGCUCUGUGGGGCUGAAAAACAGGACUUAAGUGCUGAAAGCUUGGAUGAACAAAGUCCACAGAAACCAAUAAGAGCUCCCUUGGCUGGCUUCUGUGAGGAUGAAAAAGUAGAAAUAUCGGCAGAUCCAAAACUCCACGCUGAGCACAAACACAGUGAGCGUGUCAUCGUCCUCCACACAUGUCGAAGUUCUCCCAGUGUGCUGGCAUGUUCUAGCACUCCAGUGACGGACAGAAGAACCACAGGAGCAGACCCGAACCGAGAGAUGUACUAUGGGAAAAUGGAGGACUCGUGUUACUUCACAUCUGAGCUGGAGAGUGAAUAGUGCCUGUUGAUUAAUGUCCAAAUCAUCAUCUACAUCUGACAUAAAGAUUUGCCACUAUGUUGUCAUACUUAAUACUAUUUUAAGUGUGUAAAUUAUGCCGUCACAUUUUACAUUAUUUCAAAAGGUCUGGCCAUGACUUUGUCACAAGCAUAUGAUAAUAGGAUCGUUCAACUCUCAGGGAAAUAAGGCUGGAAAAAGUUUAAACAUUAGGUGAUGAAAUACUUGUGACCUUGACUCAUACCACCGACACCAGAGGACACUGAAAGAGGAACUGCCUGGAAUGUGUUGUUUUUAUAUCUGUCUGUGGUGCUCCUUCACAUACAUGAGACAGCAGGAUAAAAUAACCAUAUCUGAUUAUUUAAAUGUAGUGUGGUAGUAAAAUUCUUUAAAUGUGUUAGGGAUAAUUGUCGAGCCAGUUAUAGAUAUGUGUAAAAAUACAGUUGCAGAAGCCUACUGAACUGUGAAUCAUUUGAGCCACAAGAUAUGUGCAACACGCAUGUUUGUUUUCCUGUCAUGGUGGGGACUUUCCAUUUAUGAGGUUCUAUUUGUGCCAAAAAGAAGUCGACUGCUUUGUACUUCUACAUCUGUCCUUGAUUACAGUCAUUGCCUAUGUAUUAAGAUAAAGCGUUGUACUACA